AUGACCAAGUGUUCUGGUCAUGUUCCUUGUAGCAAUUGCGCUCGUCGACGCGUCGCAUGCGUCUAUCCGACCCGGAAUGCUGCCACAAAGCUCAUCCUCGUCGGAAGAGGCAAGCAAAAGACGGCAACAAACUGGUCGCUCAACGAGGCUGAAUCGGACAGCGAGCCUCGUCGAAAGAGCUACUUGGUGCCUCCUGGACGUCUCACAGACCAAACAUGCAACAUGAGCUUCUUCAACGCCUUCACCAGGACGAACAACAUCACCGGCCGCGUGCGCACCGCCGGCGACGAGGUCAAGCAGCUUGCUGACCUACACUCUCGCAAAGGAAAUCAUCUCUUCAACGCAAUCUUGGCCGUCGGCGCAACGUACGCGGGGAAACUAAACCAUCAGCAUGUGUACUCAAAGCGGGAGGCCCUAUCAAUCGCGUUCCAGCAUUACUCGUAUUCCGUCCAAGGUCUGCGAGAAGCGACAGACGGCAUGAACUUGGGCACCGGCCCACGUCUGCCGAGGCAUCAAAACCAGCGUGUUUGCAUUCUGUGGACGACAUUCUUUCUUGGUCUUUUCGAGCCGGAAUGGGUCGCCUUGUCGCGAGACAUGUGGACCGACGAGGAGAAUCUCGCGCCCGGAAGCAAGAACACAUGGACCUCGUUGGACUCGCUACUGGACAUCAUGUACGCCUUGUUUGUCGUUUACCUUGCUCUACCACCCCUAAAACAAAGCAUGCGGCGGCGAUGCGCCAACUUUGAAGCAGGGCGGAAGCAGUCAUACGAGGACAAGACUAUUCUCAAGAUAUACCUGCAUCCGAUGCCAUGGUCAUAUCCCAAGACGGACAUCGUCUCUGAGAAGCACUGA